AAAUUACGUGGAGCAUUUGAAUGCAUCAUGCAAAGGAACGCGUACCGACUCGAGAAUAUCGUAUCUUGUUUAGCAAGCUGCGGUUAGCUAUCUUUAAAGGUAACGCAGCUGAAGUUAAAAACGACGCGGACAGAAGAUGUGACAACCUUCGGUGUAAAGGAUUAUUAGAGAGGCUGCAGUCAUGGGCCCAGAUGCUGCAUCUGUCCCUAAAACAGAGUCUUCAGAGGAGAGUGCAGGAGAAGUCACUGUGAAGGUCAUAUCAGAAUCAGAUUCCAAUGAUGCCUCAGCUGCCACUGAGCCAGAGAACUUCAACCCGCCAGAGAUCAACCUAUCAGACAAGUGUUACCCUUGCUCCGUAUGUGGCAAGAUAUUUGACAGACCGUCGAAGCUAGAGAGGCAUAAACCCGUACACACGAGGAAGCCUAAGAGUCUUCACGAGUGUCAACAUUGCGAGAAGAGUUUUACACAACUGGAGAAGCUGAUCCGACACCAGAAUAGCCACAGUAGGACUAACAAGCACCCCUGUCCCGACUGUGGAAAGGUGUUCAACAGGCCUUCGAAGCUGGAGAGGCACAAACACACACACGCAAAGAAACCGAAGGUGCCUCAUCAGUGUUCCUACUGCAUGAAGACGUUCAGUAAACUUAACAAACUUGUCCGUCAUGAGCGAAUGCACACAGGGGAGAAGCCUUUCACUUGCUCGGUGUGCGGAAAAGGAUUCUCCGAGUCGGGUCACUGUAAAGCACAUGAAAAGACGCACGAGGAACAGCCGGAAAAACCUCACUGCUGCAUGGAUUGCGGUAUGUCUUUCUUCAAGGCCUCAGAGCUCCGCCGCCACUUCCGCUCCCACACGGGAGAGAAACCUUUCAGAUGCGCCUUGUGCGAGAGCUGCUUUUCCCGCUCCGAAGGACUUAAAAGACACAUGAGGAGCCACACGGGGGAAAGACCGUACAUAUGCAUCAUCUGCAGCAAAGGAUUUUAUUCCCGUCAGGAUUUGAAUAUUCACGGCUUGACCCACUCGGGAGAGAAACCGCAUCUUUGCCCCGUGUGUGGCAAAGGCUUCUCGCAGCUGGGAAACAUGAAAGAACACGAGCAAAACGUUCAUAUUAAGUCCGAGAAAUAUAUUUGCAACGAAUGCGGGGCGACCUUCACGCGGUACAAGUCGCUGACGAAGCAUCAGCGGACGCACACGGGAGAAAGACCCUAUCUGUGCCUCACCUGCGGUCGCAGGUUCUCGUGGAGCCAUUCUCUAAGCAGACACCGGAGGACACACGCUCACAGACAGAUGUCAGUGGACACGUCUGAAGAUAUGUUAAGUUUAGAAGGACCCUCUGAGAAUCCCAGCAGUUGAAAGUAGAAGUGAAAUCCGUGUGAGGAGGACAUUUCAACUCUAAGCAAUUUCUUUCGGUGCCACAGUCAAGCUAUAUACUAAUCUGUGGUGCACUGAGAAGUGAUUUUGAAGCUGUGUGACUAUUCACCUUGCUGUGUGAUAUGUUCAUUUCAUGUUAAAAUCAGUUUGAAAUUCUUAGUACAGGGCUUUUUUUACUCCCAAUAUUGCAGUUAAAAUGUGCCUAAAUAUGGUAUGUUUUGUCAUUUGGGUGAACUAUUUGAACUAUUACACUACAGUAUGUGGGGGCAGCUCUGUUCACAUCUUUCAUGACAGAUUUGGACUUGCCUUUAGAUAGACUGGAAGGAUAUUUCAUAUCAUGGAAUUGAUUCCUGUUUAUUAACCAAAAAAAAUCUGCCACAACCAAAGUAGAGUCAGGGCGCCGAAAGGCCUGAAACUCUUUAUCUGACAUGCAACCAAACUCAUACGAGUCUCUGCAACUGUAUGAUUAAUGGAGAUGCCAGAAUCUGAGUACAUGUCUGUUUUCCAUUAGUGAUGAAUCUGAUGUAAUCUGCUACCUCACUAUAACAGCACCGUAGAAGGCAAACAAAGAGUAACCAGCAACAAACUAGGUGCAUGGUGAGUAGUUCAGUCAUUUUCUUACGAGAAAAGUCGAUCAAACUAAAUUUGACUUCCUUUUUUUAAAAAAUGAUGUUAGCCAAUUUCCAAUAAUAAACAGUUACAUGCCAAAAAAUAGGCCAUUUUUAUACUCUUAUAUCAAAUUAUUCUUUUAUUCUUAAACUUUUACAGAACACUAAAUGCUAUUCUAAAUCAGAGCAGAAAUUCUCUGUGCAGCUGUUUUGCCUCUCACCACUAAUUGGAAACACCUGCUGUGAGAUCACUGAUUACAGUGUGGCCAGAAGUGCAAGAACUUGAAAGUUUUAACAGUGAACUGAAGUGAAUGAAGUGGUUUGAACCAUAUAGUGCAACAGCAGUUUUCCUCUGAUAUGAGUUGUAUAAAUGAAUAUGAAAACUUUUUUUCUUUUUAUUCGAAUUGGAUUUUAUAUUGAGAUGUAAAGCAUAUUUAAUGUGUUGUUAUGUAAUCCACCGAUUGCCAUUGUGAGACUAUCCACAUACAUGUGUCAAUAAACCGAUAGUUUGCAUUGUGCUGAUGUUCACUGUAUAGUAACAACAAGCACAAUGGGCCCCCUGCAGUCUUAAAGAAAUAUUCAAGUUAACGUGCUCAAAUGUAUUUUCUGUUGUACUGAAAAAGAUGUGAAUCGAACAUUGAUGUAAGAAAGUCUUUGAAAAGCUAUUUUAUACAAAAUACAGCCACCAUUAAACUGUCUUCAUAUAAAAGCUGAGAUUUCU